UGCCUACUUUACAGACGUCAUCAAUUAGCGUCGGUCAAAGCUUACACGCAGUGCUUACCCGCAUGGAAAUUGUAAACAUUUAACGUUUCUUACACCAUUUGAUUGAAAUGGGACCGACAGAUAAGAAAAUGAAGAGUGAGACGUUUAGAGGGAAAGGUGGCAACUGGAAAAAGCCAAGAAAUGACGCUCGUGGUGUCCAGAAGAAAAGGAAAUGGAUACCGGAGCACAAGACGUACGAAGGGAGUGUUAAAGAAGGUCAAGGAUUUGCUUUCAGGAGAAAGCAGAAGGUCAAGCACGACUACAACAAACUGCUGCGGAAAGAGAGGAAAAAGCAACCCGAGACCAAACCGCUGUACCAGGAGGAAUAUCCGGAGCACCUCAAACAUCUUUACGUGUCAGAAGCCAAACAGCUGAAACAACUGGACUGGACCAACACCGUUAACAGGCGAAAGGCUAGAAUGAAAGAUAUGAAAGGAGACACAACAGCUGAAGCUGAGUCUGCUCCCGAACCAGCGGAAACGACUGUUAAAGAGCCAGAAGUUGAAGUUAAAGCUGAAGCUGAAGCUGGAGUUGGAUCUGAGCUGACAAGUGUGACUGAGAUCCCUGAGCCAACACCAGUCCCUGAGAAAGAAAUUCUUCCAAUCAGCAACCGCAUGAGGAAAAAGAUGCUAAAGAAGACGUCCUAUCAGAAGACAAAAGAAGAAUUUGACAAAAUAAAGGAAAAGCGGAGAAAAAAGAAAGAGGAGUACCUGAAGAACAAGCAGCAGAGAGAGGAAGCUCUCCAAAGGUACAAAAAGAAAAAGAUGGAGAUGUACCAGAUAUUGAGCAAAAAGACUAAGAAAGGACAGCCCAAUCUAAACCUCCAGAUGGAGUAUUUGCUUAAGAAGAUUCAACAAAAUAUGAAAUGACUCUUGAGAUACAGCUGAUGGAGAAUAUGAAGAAAUAAACAAGGAUGGAUCUGGUGCAUGUACAGAUUUUACUAUUGUUAUUUUUGCUUUUACCAAAUAAAAUGAAAUUUUGUGACACUCUGA